UUUGUUGCCAUUCGCCCUAUGAAGGCGAUUCUGUGGGCGAUUAUAUCCUCGCUGAAGUCAAGGUUUGCCGACCCAGUGAGAGCCAAGAUGCGAGGACUCCCAUUGCGCGUAUUGAGAAUAUCGCUCUCAUACUCUCAUACGCAAAUGUCGAAUCCGUGGACACUCUUCCUUGGGACACCUUGCGAUCCGUCGUUGAUUCCCCGCACAUGCACUACCUUUGUAUCAGCUACUUUCACCGGCAGCGAGACAAAUCCUUCGAGGUUGUGAAGAGAAUCCUCUGCUCUGUGCUGCGACGCACGCAGCUGACC